GUGUUGUGGUUAGUGACAAGUGGAUGGAUAAGAGGAAAUGGGGCUUUUGGGAAGAAGCUGUGGUGUUUUCUGCAUCCCUUCUUCUCUCCCUGUGAGAAGGAGAUUUUGUACAACACUGGCUAAGAAGGAGGAUUUUGAAGGGAAAAGCAGGUCCAAACAGAAACCCUUUUUGCCACUGAGGCUUUCAAUAUCAACUCUUGCUCGUGCUGCCAUUGGAGUGUUUGGAUUGGGGUUCAUUGAUGCCGGGUACAGUGGAGACUGGUCCAGGAUUGGAGUGAUAUCAACGCAGGUUGAGGAAUUGUUGAAGCUUGCAGCUUUUCUAGUGGUUCCCUUGUGUGUUUUUCUAAUUGUUUCUCUGUCCAAUGAACCAAAUUCUUGAGCUUUGUACAGCUGUGACUUAAUUCUCCAUGCAUAAUCAAUUUGUGGGUGUUAUCAUAUUUCUUUUAUAGCUUUUGUGA